CGAAAAAAAUGGUCAAUUCAUGUAUAAGAAAGAAAAAUGAGUACAGAAUAUUAAGAAAAUACUAUUAAGUCUUUAUGUUAAGAAAUAUGCAUGUCAUCUGCUUAUAGUACAUAACAGCCCCGAUAUUCAACCAAGCUCGAUAGUCUCAAUUCAUUUUUCAUGUGCUUAAAUACUCAUGGGUAGAUCGAGAGCGUGAAUCGGAAUUCCGGAUUAUGAACAGACGACAUGCGCGAACAAUAAUCGACGACUGUUUUACGCACAAUGUUUACAAACAUUGUAGUAUUUUCCAUUGAACGUGAAAAGUGAAUCUGUGAAGCUUAAAAGUAAAAGGCUGCGACAUUGAAAAAUAACUCAUGGUAAAUGCUGUCAAAUACAGCAUCGUGCAUAAUCUAUGUGGCGGCAUGUUGUCAUGCAGUUCAGGGGAUGCUGAUCAGAUGCACAGGGAACACUCGCUAUUUACUGUCCUCAAGGAUGGGGGAAUGGGACUCGGGAACAUGUGAGGCGUGCCCGCGUUGUGACGGAGGAGGGUUCGUGUAUAAUCGGACUCUACCGCGCCAGAAAGAUCCUAUUUACGGAUUCACUUCAUGUUAUCCAUGCGUUCCUUGUCCGAUUGGGCAAUACCGGGAGGCCGGGUCGUUUCCCGUGUGUAACCAGUGCGUGAAAUCAUGUGCCGCAGUGAACAGGUUCGAGUCCCGACCCUGCGGCGGCUCCUCGCCUGGCUAUUGCGGGGAGUGUUUCGACGGAUACGUUGCUCUCGCCAACGCUGCAGAGGGUGAAUGUUUGAAAACACCCGAGACUACACAACGGUCCACUGAUAAAUCCCUUCCAGAGGCCGCGACAUACCAAUCCCCUCCUGUACCAUCUGAAGGCGCGACGUCUCACUGGGUAUCGAUAGACACAACGGCCGUAGAGAUCAACGCCAGAGCCGAGGCCAGUAUCAACAUUGAUGGGGGUACCGUAGUCGGGAGUCUUGCUGCGAGCAUUUUUAUGUGCGUUUUGGUUGUUGUGGGCAUGAAAUGUAUCCGUAAAAGAUCGCAAUCAGGACGAGGCCCAACGACCGGAACCUCUGCUAGCGAGGAAAACACAGCCUUUAUCCAAACGGCCCCAGUCAGCAAGGCGACACUGAACACUAGCCGUUAUUCGCUGAGUAACCAGGUGGAGGUGGAUGCCGUGCCGGAUGUGCGCAGGGAGGCACCGGAAUUGGUGACUGGUAGUCAGUUAGAAGCCCUCCUUCAAUUAGCUCACAGAAGAACCUAUCCCAGUCAUGUGCUCACCCUCGACGAUCCCUUCACUAAACAGUGUAUCACCCACAUCGCGACGAACAUCGGAGGAGAAGCGAACCGACGCGACGUGUUCCGCGCGCUGAACAUCAUACCGGCGGUUUACGAGCCGGAAGAGGAAAAGUGGCUGAGGGACAAACACAAUUAUCCUGAUUUUAUAUACACUGUUCUGCAGUCGUGGCUAGUGCAAAAUACAGGGACAAAAGUAGCCGAUCUUGCUCAUCUUUGCCGCUGCCUAGAGCGGUCUAAUCUGACUGUAAUUUCUGAUGCAUUGACUUCUAUGCACUUUGCUCAAGCUACACGAUCUCAGGCGGCCGGUAGUGCUAGCUCAGAACGAGGUCAAAUGGACACGGCGUCGAAAGCUUCUUAUUUAGACCCAUCCGUGUGAGUUUUUUUUUUCGGCCUAGCUGUUUAAACCUGCUUUUCAACUUAAAUGACCUUUACAUAACGCCACAGCAGACCCGAAUGAGAACACUGCAUUCAUUUCAUGGGCUGAUUUGAGCAUAAUCCCCAGGAACAUUGGAAACAUCACCGCGUCUUUGUAGCAUAGGAUGUAACACUUAUCAAUGUAGGGGAAUGCGGACUACCCCCCCCCCCCCCCGGUAACACUUAUCAAUGUAGGGGAAUGCGGACUACCCCCCCCCCCCCGGUUACUCUCUGUAUGUUUAUUUAGGCCCAGUUACAAUUACGGAUUACCGGCAUAUUAAAUCCCCAAGAAUUUCAGGGUCAGUACUGGGUUAAUGAAUCCUCAGAGGAAGUCGGAAUGUGUUGUUUUUUUCAACGCCUUAUGUUGAUCACACAGUAUUGCUUUCAUGAUAUCAAAUAAUAAGAAUUUAAGGGAAAGAAAUCAAUGAAAACCUAUCGGUAAAUCCCAUUUGUCUUGCAUUGUGCCACAAAACUACCGAAAUGGUAUAUGGUCCAUGAUAGAAGGGGAAUCGUUUAAUUAUAGCCACACAUGUGUGACGAACGCGGUCAGAAUGGCUGAAAAUCUUUCCUGCAAGCCAGAAUAUGCUACCGAAAUUUUGCCACUUUGCUAGAAAAGAUUUUAAAAGACCCGCGUAAUGCGGAAACGGGACUUAUGCAAUAUGCUGCCAAAGUAGCCCCAGUCCAGCCUGCGCAUCCGAGCAGUCUUGUCAAGCUAUGCAUACUGAGGAGGAAUACUCAGGAGAUAUCACGAAACCUUGUGGAAAGCGUAGCUCUUGAACAGACUGUGCAAGCGCGCAGGCUGGACUUUAGCCAUGCUGGCUGCAUAUGCAAUAAGACUAAUUCCGCAUGACGCGGAUGUACGUGCACUUCAUGACAAAAAUUUACUGAGGUGGAUAUGCAACUGUAAAGUGCAAACAGAACACAACACUACUUAAAUCUUAUUUUUUCAUUUAAUGACUAAGACAAGUAAAUUUCCUACCUUAAUCCCAAAGUCAGGAUAUACGCCGAAUAUUUUUUAAAGAUAUUUCUUGUUUUUGAUUAAAUAUUUUUGACAUCAUCAACGUCUUGUGACAAGGACAUAUUAAGGAGUAUAAGCUUUAAUUGAGAGUCGUAUUUAAUUCAUUUGCCACACCUUCUUUGAAUUAUACGAUAAAGAUAUCGGAAGAUGAAUUUUAAUUUGUGUUCGGAAAAUAUUCCCAUAAUUAUCUCUUCAAAACAAUGUACCAAAAAUGAUCACAAUAAUAAGUGCAAUUGUUUGUGGCAAGUGCUUCGCAAAUUCGUUAACCAUAGGUUUUACAUGCAGCGUAAGUGCUUGACAAUACGUUAACCCGCGAUAGAGUUUUGUAGUGUACAUAACUAUUUCAUAUGAAACUUGUUUUUACCAGUGCAUUUGCGCGAUGUAGGCCUGAACAUUAUGAAAUGUGUUAAGAACACACGUGCGAGUGACUUUCUUAGUGGGUUUAUAUAAUUCUGCAUUGACGUCAGUGCAGACGUACAGGAAGUAUUUAAUUGCUACAUAAUUGUGAUGCAAUGUAUGUGUCUUGUGACCAUAUUGCAGCAUGUUUGACCUGUUACGUUGAUGUGCUCUCUUUGUUUACAACUCAAAUGUGUUCCAUGAGCAGGUACUAUGCUUACUUCUGAAUCUUAAUGCAUUCUUUUAUGUUUUUUUACAUUUAUGAUAUGAGUCGUGUUCUGAGAAAACUGGACAUAGUGCAUGUGCGUAAAGUGUCUUGCCAGAUUAGCCUGUGCAGUUCGCACAGGCUAAUCAGGGACGACACUUUCCGCUUUUUAUGACAUUUUUCGUUUAAAUGAAGUCUCUUUCUAGCAAAAAUUCAAUUUAGACAGGAAAGUGUCGUCCCUGAUUAGCCUGUGCGAACUGCACAGGCUAAUCUGGGACGACCCUUUACGCACAUGCAUUAUGCCCAGUUUUCUCAGAACACGACUCAUAUAAACCUUGCUCUGGGAAAACGGUUCUUAAUGCAUGAACAGGCUAAUCUGGGACGACCCAUUACGCACAUUUAUAAAGCCCAGUUUUCCCAAAGCGAGGCUCAACUAUAUUUCUUUUUCUCAUACACGUUUUGAAUUUGCUCCGGCCUUUCUGUCUUUCAAAAUUUCUGUGAUGAUAUCUUCGCAUUAAAUUUUUAUGAUCUUUUUGGAACUUUAUUCGUAACAUUUUGAAUUCUUAUUUUAUAUUACCAUUUUCGAUGUUAUGGUCUUAUACGAUCUGUAACUGUACAAAUUAUUGAAUAAUACUGUUGAUGUUUAUAUUUUUGUUAAUAAAAUACAUUUGCAAAACUAU